AUGCUGCGGUCCAGCUUGCCUCACCGGCCACUGGCCAGGCUGGCCUUUACCUUUACAGUUCUUGUUACACUCAACCUUUUCAUUGCGCCCCAUUCCGUCCAUGCGCAGUUGCUGGGCCGUGUUGGACCAACGACAUCGACAGCCGCCAAGCGCGCAGCCAAGGUUUGCAGCGUUCUCGACCACGGCGCCACUGCUAGCAAGUCGUCCGACAUUGGUCCCGCACUCGUCGCGGCAUUUGCUGCUUGCAAGACAGGCGGCACAAUCUAUGUACCGCCCGGUGAGUAUGGCAUGUCGACGUGGGUGAGCCUCAGUGGUGGCCAGGGCUGGGCACUGCAGCUGGACGGCAUUAUCUACCGAACGGGCACCGCCGGCGGCAACAUGAUCUAUAUCGAGAAGGGCAAGGACGUCGAGAUUUAUAGCAGCACGUCGCAGGGCGCCAUCCAAGGCAACGGUUUCGAGUACCACAAGGACAACAAGAACGGCUGCCGGAUCCUGCGCCUGGCGCACAUGCAGGACUUUUCGGUCCACGAUAUUGCGCUCGUGGACUCGCCGCUAUUCCACCUGUUUAUGGACACGGUGACCGACGGAGAAAUAUACAACAUGAUCAUUCGGGGCGGUAGCAAAGGUGGACUAGACGGCAUCGACGUGUCCGGUUCCAACGUGUGGCUGCACGACAUCGAGGUGUCGAACCGAGACGAGUGUGUGACAAUCAAGGACCCGUCACAGCACAUGCUCAUUGAGAACAUAUACUGCAACUGGUCAGGCGGAUGUGCCAUGGGGAGUCUCGGCGGAAGCGCUAUCGACAUUCAUGAUAUUCGCUUUGACAAAGUCUACUCAGCCAACUGCAACCAGAUGUUCAUGAUCAAGUCCCACGGUGGCGGCGGCACCGUGCGAGACUGUUCGUUUAGCAAUUUUGUCGGGCGUCACAACGCCUAUACGCUCGACAUCGAUGCCAACUGGUCGCAGCUCAAGAAGGCAGCGGGCGACGGCGUUCUCUUCCGCGACCUCAACUUCACUGGCUGGCACGGUUCGUGCAGUGACGGAAAUCGGCGUGCGCCUGUCAAUAUUGUGUGUCCGGAUGCAAAGCCUUGCUUUGGAAUCCGUGUGAGCGAUUUUGCGGUGUGGACGGAAACAGGAUCGCGCGAACUGUACAAAUGCGCAAAUGCAUAUGGCGAAGGCGCAUGCCUGAAGGGAGGUGCAGCUGCAGGUGGAGGAUCGCUGGAUGGCUACGCUGUAACGACGAUGACGGUGCCAUCGGCACCGUCGGGCUGGAAUGCGCCGACCAUGGCAGCCGAUCUCACGACUCUGGGCUUGUCUAGUAGUAUUCCGAUUCCGGCGGUGCCGACCAGCUUUUUUCCUGGUGAGACGCCGUACAGCAAGUUGAUGGGCGGUGCUGCAGCAUCUGCAGCAGCAGCAAAAGACCGGCAGUGA